AUGGCUCGUUUAAUUCUUCCCGUUUUCAUCGUCGCUUUCGCUGGUGUUGCUAUGGUGUUUGGAUGCUCGGAUUUGUCGUCGAGUUGCUCGUAUUGGCAAGUGAAUUUCUUCUGCAAUAACACCAAUUACACAUUGGCGCAAAGACAAAAAUAUUGUGGUGUUACAUGCAAUCUCUGCAAUGCGACGACGGGAAAUUCGACGUGCGGAGACAAUGCUUCAUCAGCUAGCUGCACCGCUUGGAUCGCAAAUGGUUUCUGUUCGUCGUCUUUCUACUCACUGAGCACUCGUCAACUCUACUGUGGCACGAGUUGUUCGCUUUGU